AUGGGGCUUAAGAUUUAUACGAUACUACUUUUUAUACUAGUUUUCAGUUCUGCUAUUUUAGCGACUGGUGAAAGUCAAAUCGAGCCACCGACCACUGUUAACAAAGGAACAAGUGGUCCUGUGGCAACAAAUGGUGAUUCGGAAUCUGAAUCGUACGAAGACUCAAGUUCGAGCGAAAGUGAUGAAUAUGAUUCCUACGAAGACUCAGGGUCCGAUGAAGAUAACGGCCAAGUAGGAGCUACAGCCGUAUCUGCAGUAAGCGCAGUUUCCAAUGGUGGUAAGGGAACAGAUAGCAGUGCUUCUGCUAUAAGCGCAGUACAAGCUACUGAAAAUGGUCGAGGUGGAACAAGCAGUGCUUCCGCUAUAGGUGCAGCGCAAGCAACUGAAAAUGGCCUCGGCGGUAGGAGCAGUGCUUCUGUUCUUAAUGCUGUCCAUGCAUCUCAAAAUGGCCGGGACGGAUCGAGCAGCGCUUUUAGUCUUGGCUCGGCACAAGCGAGUGAAGAUGGCGGUAGAGGAAAUGGCAUGGCGUCGGUCUUAAACGGAGUACAAGCAAGUACAAACGGCAAAGAUGGUACAAGCAUGGCAUCAUCUUUUGGUGCAGCACAAGCUAGUGAAAACGGCAAUAGAGGAUUAGCAAGUGCUACUGUUAUGAAUGCAGCUCAAGUGGUUGAAAAUGGCCACGGCCAUUCUGGCAGUGCUUCGGCUAUUGGUGGAGCACAAGCAAUAGAAAACGGCCGAGGCGCAUCAGCGUCUGCUGCAGGUGGGGCAAUAGCUACUGAAAAUGGCCGAAGCGGGUCUGGCGGCGCUUCUAGUGUUAGCACAGCGCAAGCAAUCGAAAAUGGACGAACAGGAUCAAGCAGUGCUACCAGUAUAAGUACAGCUCAAGCGACUAACAACGCCUUUGGAGGGAUCGUCGAUCUGGGUUUUGCCAAAUCUUUCGCUCAAGGCACAGCAUCUGCUAUUAGCUCAUCAUCUGCUUCUGCAUUUACAAGUGCUCACACUACUGUAACUUCUCAAAGAAAUGGAACCGGAACGCGACACAAGAAAAAGCGACACCACAAAAAGAAAAAACAUAAAGGUCAUAAAAGACCAGGCAGCUCCGGUAGUACACCUGGUACUUCAGGGCCCGGUGGUCAUAAAGGACCAACAGGACCUCCUGGUUCUCCCGGUGCUUCUGGUCCAAGUACUCCUGGAUCUAAAGGAUCAGGAGGCGGCAAUGGUCCGAGUGAAAGUUCCGGUAGUUCACCAGGUACUUCAGGGCCCGGUGGAAAUACGGGACCUCCUGGGCCUCCCGGACCUCCUGGUUCUCCUGGGCCUAGCAACCCUGGUUCUAAAGGACCAGCCGGUGGUAAUAGUCCAGGCACAAGCCCGGGUAACACACCAGGUACUUCAGGACCGGGUGGAAAUAAGGGACCAACGGGCCCACCUGGCCCACCUGGGCCUCCUGGUUAUCCUGGGCCUAGCAACCCUGGAUCUAAAGGACCAGGCGGUAGUAAGGGUCCGGGUGAAAGCCCCGGUAAACAACCAGGUACUUCAGGACCGGGUGGAAAUAAGGGACCAACGGGACCUUCUGGUGCUCCUGGGCCAAGCACUCCUGGAUCUGAAGGACCAGGCGCUAAUAAGGGUCCGGGUGAAAGCCCCGGUAAGCAACCAGGUACUUCAGGACCGGGUGGAAAUAAGGGACCAACGGGACCCUCUGGGCCUCCUGGUGCUCCCGGGCCUAGCACACCUGGAUCUGAAGGACCAGGCGGUAAUAAGGGUCCAAGUUCAAGCCCCGGUAACACACCAGGUACUUCAGGUCCGGGUGGAAAUAAGGGACCAACGGGACCACCUGGCCCACCUGGGCCUCCUGGUGCUCCAGGCCCUAGCACACCUGGAUCUGAAGGACCAGGAGGUAACAAGGGUCCAGGUUCAAGCCCCGGUAAUACACCAGGUACUUCAGGACCGGGUGGAAAUAAGGGGCCGACGGGGCCACCUGGGCCACCUGGGCCACCCGGGCCUCCAGGUUAUCCUGGGCCUAGCAACCCUGGAUCCAAAGGACCAGGAGGCGGUAAGGGACCAGGUGGAAGCCCUGGUAAGCAACCGGGUACUUCAGGACCAGGUGCAAAUAAGGGACCAACGGGACCUCCUGGGCUUCCUGGGCCUCCUGGUGUUCCUGAAAAUCCCGAGGGUUGCGCUAUAAAAAUAUACCGGCUGGGACGAAUUUACCGAAAGACGAAAUCCCGUUUCGUUUAUCCUAUAUUCAGACGACUUGGCAGAAAGACUUCAUAUGGAAGAGAUGAUGACUACGAGGAUACAGAUAAAGAAAAUGUCUUUAGAAAUUAUUUAUCUGGAGAAAAAUACUGCGUUUGUUAUAAUUAGUACUUAAAAAUAAGUGUAAAAAUGUAAUAUUAAUGUAAAUAAAUAUAAGAUUUUAGUUAUUAAGUCAACUCUCUCAAACGAAACUGGCAAUGAUAAUGGAUUGUGAUGACGUCAUUAUAUUUUUUUGUAUUUUUUU